AUGAAUUUUCUUUCGGCGCUAUCUGCUAUCUCCACUCCUUCUGGUUCCACGCUACUAAGUGUAGACCCUCCUUCUACUUCCCGCCGCUCUAGCCGACUUCAAGAUUCCAUCUGGGAUGAAGUUCUCGUUGAGGACGGCAUCGUUUCGGGUUCGAAAUGCGCGAAGAAAAUCCACACGUCGGGAAAGACUCACGUCGAACGGGUGCGCUACCACUUUACCAAGAAGUGUGUUAAACGUCUCUACACGCCGCUCAUUACCUUGGUCUUCCGCCCUGCCAUGAAACUAGCGAGGGUUCGCGAGUUCCAGAAGCUCUUCGCCAUGUGGCUCUACUUGACUGGAAUGGCGUUCAAUGAGGCAUCGCAUCACUCUCUGGUUACCACACUGCGUCCCCUGACUUCAUCUGAUAUUGUUCGGACGAGGCAGCAGUUGACCGGUAGCCUACUCGACGCCUGUUACGAAGAAUUCAGCUCUAAAAUGAUGCUCAAGAUCGCCAACAGACGCUGCACGGUGGUCACUGAUUCGUGA